AUGUGGUGACGUCGUGGACCCUCGGACGGUUGAGCGGCGGUUCCUUUGUUGUCGGCGGCGGCGCAAGCGAAGGAGGAGUGCGAGCGAUGAACGUGGAUCGGAUCGAGCUGUGCGAGAGCCUGCUAACCUGGAUUCAGACAUUUGGUCUGCAGGUGCCAUGCAAGAAAGUAGAUGAUUUAACAAGUGGAGUUGUGAUGGCACAGGUUCUACAGAAAAUAGAUCAAUCAUGGUUUGAUGAUACCUGGAUAAAUCGAAUCAAGACAGAAGUGGGGGAGAAUUGGCGACUAAAGGUUAGCAAUUUGAAGAAAAUUUUGAAAGGGAUUCUGGAUUAUUAUCAUGAGGUGCUGGGGCAACAGAUUACUGAUUUCCCUCUGCCAGAUGUUAAUUUGAUUGGAGAACACUCAGAUGCAGCAGAACUUGGACGAAUGUUACAACUCAUUCUUGGCUGUGCUGUAAACUGUGAGCAGAAACAAGAACAAAUACAAACAAUCAUGAUGAUGGAAGAAUCUGUUCAGCAUGUUGUCAUGGCAGCCAUUCAGGAGCUCAUGAGUAAAGAAACACCAGCAUCAAUUGGUAAUGAUGCUUAUCUGGAUCUUGAUCGCCAGUUGAAGAAAACCACCGAAGAACUCAAUGAAGCAUUGGCAGCUAAGGAGGAGAUUUCACAAAGAUGCCAUGAGCUGGAUAUGCAAGUUGCAGCUCUGCAAGAAGAAAAAGGUAGUUUAUUAGUAGAAAAUCAAGCUCUUAUGGAACGACUUAAUCAGUCUGAUUCUAUUGAAGAUCCCAACAGCCCAGCAGGACGUAGACACUUUCAACUGCAAACCCAGUUGGAACAACUUCAGGAAGAGACUUUCAGACUGGAAGCAGCAAAAGAUGAUUAUCGGAUUCGUUGUGAGGAACUUGAAAAAGAACUUUUAGAGCUACGCCAACAGAAUGAAGAACUUACUAGCCUUGCAGAGGAAGCCCAGACUUUAAAGGAUGAAAUGGAUGUCCUUAGACAUUCCUCUGAUAAAGUGGGUAAAUUGGAGGGCAUGGUAGAGUCAUAUAAAAAGAAGUUGGAGGACCUGGGUGACUUGCGUCGCCAGGUGAAGCUCCUUGAAGAGAAGAAUACUAUGUACAUGCAAAAUACAGUCAGUCUAGAGGAGGAGCUACGGAAAGCAAAUGCUGCACGCGCUCAACUGGAAACAUACAAGAGACAGGUUGUAGAGCUUCAAAGCAGAUUGUCUGAGGAGUCAAAAAAAGCAGACAAAAUGGAAUUUGAAUAUAAAAGGUUGAAAGAGAAAGUGGACACCCUACAGAAAGAAAAAGAAAGGCUGAGAACAGAAAGAGAUUCCUUAAAGGAGACAAUUGAAGAACUGCGAUGUGUUCAAGUGCAUCAGGGCCAACUCACAGCUGGACUUAUUCCAAUGAAUAGUAAAGAGGCAUCGGAUAGUUUAGCAGCAGAGAUAGUAACCCCCGAAAUCAAGGAAAAACUUAUCCGAUUGCAACAUGAAAACAAAAUCCUGAAGUUAAACCAAGAGGGCUCCGAUAAUGAAAAGAUAGCUUUACUACAAAGUUUACUGGAAGAUGCCAAUAGGAGAGAGAGUGAACUGGAGACUGAGAACAGGCUAGCCAAUCAGAGGAUAUUGGAAAUACAGUCUCAGGUUGAAGAACUUCAGAAGGCAUUACAGGAUCAGGGGUCAAGGGCUGAAGAUUCAAUUUUGCUGAAAAAGAAACUGGAUGAACAUUUGGAGAAGCUUCAUGAAGCGCAUACAGAGCUUCAGAAGAAACGAGCAUACAUUGAUGACUUGGAACCAAAAUACAACAACAGCUCUCAAAAGAUUGAAGAACUUCAGGAAGCCUUAAGAAAGAAGGAUGAAGAUAUGAAGCAAAUGGAGGACAGAUAUAAGAAGUAUCUAGAAAAAGCAAAGAGUGUUAUCAGAACUUUGGACCCUAAGCAGAAUCAAGGAGCAGCCCCAGAAGUUCAGUCUCUGAAAAAUCAACUGCAAGAAAAGGAACGAAUGUUGCAUUCUUUAUCGAAAGAAUAUGAGAAGACAAAGAUUCAGAGAGAUCAUGAAGAGAAGCUAAUUGUUAGUGCAUGGUAUAACAUGGGUAUGGCACUUCACAAAAAAGCAGCAGAAGAGAGACUUGCCAGCACUGGUUCAGGACAAUCCUUCCUAGCUAGACAGAGACAGGCAACAAGCACACGACGACCAUACCCUGGACAUGUUCAGCCAGCUACAGCAAGGUAGAAGUGACGUGAUUGCAUGAUCUGCAGCAUGGCUUUCCUGUACUGACUACUCAUUUGCAUGACUUUUGAGUUUGGAUGCAUAAUUUCUUAAUUUGCUGCUGUUUAUUUUCUAAUCUAUCUCUACUAUGGAUGUAAUAGCCCCAGUCCUCCAUUAUGGACAUAUUACCAGAAACUGGGAGGCAUUAUGGCUUCACACACACUGCUGUUUGGAAUU